CGUUGUGUGUUGGUUUAGUUUCCGGGGACAGUAAUACGGGACGGACUGACCUGUGCGUGGAUUCAUUCAGCGAAUAUUCUCAUAUUUACGUUAAAUACACGUUAAUAUUUCAGCACGUUGUGUAAAAAGACAUAAAGAAAAUACUAGUAUUUACAACCAGGGAGUGUAGACUGAAUAUUAAGGUGACGAGUUUAUAUUUGCUCCAACAUGGCGGCUGCUCUCUCCUCUUCAAACUGACUGUUUUGGGCAAGAAGCUGAAGAUGUUACUCACAGCUCGCCGCCUGUCCAAAGUGCUGCAGCUCACCCUGGCGGUCAUCAAACCAGAUGCUGUGGCUCACCCUGUGAUGCUGGAGGCUCUUCAUCAGAGGAUCCUGGACAACAACUUUGUCAUUGUUAAAUGCAAAGACCUCGUGUGGAGGAGACAGGACUCUGAGAGGUUUUACGCUGAACAUUCAGGGCGAUUCUUCUUCCAAAGAUUAGUUGAAUUCAUGUCAAGUGGUCCGAUGCGAGCGUACCUUUUAGCCAGAGAGGAUGCCAUACGUCACUGGAGAGAACUGAUGGGGCCAACUAAAGUUUUCAGAGCCAGAUACACAGCGCCCGAGUCUAUCAGGGGCCAAUUUGGACUCUCAGACACACGAAACACCACUCAUGGCUCAGAUUCCAUUGAGUCGGCACGGAGAGAAAUCGAUUUCUUCUUCCCAGACUUCUGUAUGGAGGAGUGGAUGGACAAAGAGGAACCAUUGUUCAGAUCUGGACAAAUACAUUAUGACGAUCAAAAACAGAUACACACUCUUUCAACCCAAAGCUGACCUCAGAACUGCUCAGAAUCCCUCAAGACUACGUAGAAAGUCUGCAAUUGUUUGUCGAUUUGCUCACACAAAUGCCAUCUGCCAGUAAAGACGCUUCAAUCCUACAUGCUCUAUAUAAAAUGUAUGUGUGACCAUC